UAGCAUUUACGAUAUUUUUCCGACGAAGUGUCCGAAUGUCACAAAAUCUAGAAAAAAUAAGGGAUCAUUCGGCAGGAAACCAUGUUGAAAAGCCACAAUUUCAUGGAUAAUACUCAAGGAUAAAUACCGUAUAGAGAAAUCGGCGAUCGGAUGUGAAAAUCGGUUUUUAAUCUUCUGAAAUUUAUCGAGAAAUCUGCAGAAUCGUCUCUCGUCUUUUUUAAGCGACUGACGUCAGUGUCGAGAGGUUUUAUUUUGAAGGAAAAUUCUAAAAAAUAUGUCGCUUUUUAGAUAACUGGAAGCGUAAACCACUCAUUUAUAAGGAUCUGUCCAAGAUUGUUUACAGUUAUCUGUUACCAUAACAACAGAUCAUCUAGUCAGACGUUCUCGUCUGUAGCAUGAACGACAGGCAAUUUAGAAUGGCUCAUUCUAACCAGAAAUUGUCGUCAUCCCCCUCCAUUAUGAAGACUGGUAGCAGUAAUAAUUCAUGUACAAGCAGCUCAGCAAAGUUCCACAGCCAGUUCUACCAAGUCGAAAUCGGAGACACAAAUUUCCAUGUUCUUAACCGAUACCAGAGUCUCCGGUCGGUGGGCUCAGGGGCACAAGGACUUGUUGUAGCUGCCUAUGACACAGUAACAAAGCAGAACGUGGCAAUAAAGAAACUCAGCAGACCGUUUCAGAAUGUCACUCACGCCAAGAGGGCGUACCGUGAACUCCUUCUCAUGAAGACGUGCAAUCAUAAAAAUAUUAUUGGUCUGCUCAACGCAUUCACAACACAAAACACAUUUGAGGAAUUCACCGACGUAUACCUCGUCAUGGAGCUGAUGGAUGCCAGUCUCAGCCAAGUAAUCCAGAUGGAUCUAGACCAUGAACGUCUGUCGUAUCUCCUCUAUCAAAUGCUGUGCGGUAUCAAACACUUACAUUCAGCUGGUAUAAUCCAUAGGGAUUUAAAACCAAGCAACAUAGUCGUCAAGUCAGACUGUUCUCUUAAGAUUUUGGACUUUGGUCUGGCACGCACAGCUGGUACGACAUUCAUGAUGACGCCGUAUGUAGUGACUAGAUAUUACCGCGCUCCGGAGGUCAUUUUAGGCAUGGGAUACAAAGAAAACGUUGAUAUUUGGUCCAUUGGAUGUAUAUUCGGUGAGAUGAUCAGAGGACAAGUCAUGUUCCCAGGAAUGGACCACAUCGACCAAUGGAAUAAGAUUAUCCAACUUCUCGGCAGCCCGUCACAGAAAUUCAUGCAGCGUCUACAGCCGACUGUCCGUACUUACGUGGAGAACAGGCCUAAGUAUCAAGGGCACGCCUUUGAGUCCCUCUUUCCUAAUGACCUAUUUCAAAGGGAGCAGAGCUUAACGGAGCCACAGAAAUUAAACGCUACCAUGGCAAGGAAACUUCUGUCAAAGAUGUUAGUGGUAGAUCCAGUUGAAAGGAUAUCUGUUGAUGAAGCACUGGAACACCCCUACAUCAAUGUAUGGUAUGACCCAGCUGAAGUAGAAGGGCCUGCACCAAUCACGUAUGACCACACAAUAGAUGAGAGAGAACACACAGUAGAGCAAUGGAAAGCCCAUAUAUACCAAGAAGUGAUGUCAUUUAUGAUCAGCACAGGAGUGUACGUGGGCUUGGGCAAUUGCAGACAAACAGAUUCCAUGGAAGACUGCGGUGGAGAACUUGAUAUCGCAAUAGCGGUGGCAUCAGCCGGGAUGUCGACAGGCCCGUCACAUGGUGCGACCCACAAUGCAUCACACGGUGCGUCCAAUAGUAUGUACAACGCACACGGUGCGCACUAGCCACUUAUGCAUGCCAUCUCUCCUAACAUCCUCGUAGUGAACGAAAGAAACACAAAAACACAAGUAAAGGACAUGGUUAUUCCACAGAACGUCACUGACAUCAAGAGGUCAUUUGCAUAAUGACCUGCUAAUUUAAAUAUUGACCUUUGAAUGGAUGGUGCUCAUUAGUAUCAAAUUCGAUGUGAAAAUGGAAGGACUCUUUGUGAAAGACGGUUGAAGUAAAAUUGUAUGUGAUGCAGUUAUUUGGGUUAGAUUUUUUUUGAGUUGGGAAUACGAUGUCGAACACCAACUUCCAUGCUGGCAUUUUAGUUCAAGUGAGUGGCAUAUUGUGUGACGUGUAAAGAUAAACCAUUAAUGUGCUUUGAUGGUCUUUGAGUUCAUGAAACACUUGACAGACUGGUACAAGUCUAUGUUCCUGGAGGUCUUUUGCAACUUUAUGGAUCUCGCUUUAAAUUUUUCCAGAAAAGAAGAAGAGUGUUCUUGGUAAUUAUGGUAUUAGAGUAGAAAAGACAAAAAAAUACUUGAAAGUGUUAUGCUUUUGCAUGAGUAUUUUUACUCUGAAAUAAAAGAAAGAGUUGAUAUGAAAGGGACAGAACAUUAUGUUGGUGGGGUUAAACAAAUUUGGCUCUGUGCCCUACAGGGAUUGUUCUUUGAUUGAGAAACUUUUUUGAAAAAGGGGCAAAAUCAAUCCCUAGCGGUUAAAACAUUCUCUUAGACCUCUCAUUAGACAAGAAAGUGAUCAAUGGUAACCAGCCAACAGGUACCAGUUUAGUGAGUGGACAAGAGCCUCACUUCAGGUUUCAUAGACAUGUAUGUGAACAUUCAAGAUGGCCGCCGAAUGGUUAUUGACUAGCUGUAAUGUUUGUCACAUCCAAAUCUGGAAUUCCAGCAAAAAGGAAAUAGCGCCCUCUAUCUGUAUAAAAUGUCCAGCAGCAUUGGAGGGCCACUAGAAAAAGGAAAAUCAAAAGUUGAAUUGUGGAAUUGUUUGUCGGCUUCGAAGUGAAAUAAUGUGACCCACUUUUAAUGUGACUGUGACUGUUCAGGGUAUGGAAAUACUGCCCUCGUGUGCCCAAAUAUACCCAGUUAUAAAAAAAAAGCCCAACAAAAUCCACGUACACUUGUACAGUACAUGUAAUGUAAUUGGCACAAUUUUAAGUGGCUUUAUGUUGUUUUUAUAGAUAUAUAUAUAUUAAUCUCCAUGAUUGUAAUGCUAUUUAAUAUCAGUAUUUCUGGCAGGUUGUGAGGAAUCUGCAAUUAGCAAAAAAUAAACAAAAUUGUGUGAGUAAAUACAUUUUUUCGUCUGCUAGUUGGCGGACCUAUGUGUAGGUUUUCGAAAAAUACAGAGUCCUUGUUCCCUCGCAGUAGAUGAAAGUGCUUGGAUUUAAGUUCGCUAAGAAAGUUUCAAAUCAUAGUAUUUGUAGUCGCUAAAAACACUUUUGAGUAAAAUAUACCAACUACAACAAUUAAGAAAAGGCUGUUUUCAAGCUAAUUGUUUCAUUUCAGGGACUCAAAACAUUUUUAAUGUUCAACAAGAAAUUCUUGACACACUACUGACAUUUAUUUCAAUUGGUGGCUUUCAAAGUUUUCUACUUCAGAGACCUUUCAUUUCCAUAUCAUCAUUACCAAAUGCCAAGACAUGGCAAACUUUGUUGACUUUUGACCCAAUUUCGGCAGCCUUCACAAAUCGACACUGCGGCAAUAUGAAUUUGCACAAGUCGCCAUUUGACAAACUUUUUUUCAACAAACUUUUUUCUUCUAAUCGAUGGGCAGACUUUAGACAAAAUAAUUUUGCAGAAUGCUUACUACCAUUACAGUCUUUUUAACAAGUAAGCUUUCGGAUAAAAAUUACACUAAAUGUUUUUUUGGGGUCACAACCAAAGGAUGUCCCUUCCUGUCAGAGUGUGACCAACAAGGGGUAUUUAGUGUUAUCGCAAAGGCCAGCAUUUGUCAAACAACUCUAAAAUAUUAGGCUAAUUAUAAUUGGUUGGAUAUUUUAGUCCUUUGCAAAAAAAAAAGUUAUAUACAGAAAAUAUUCUGAAGAUGAGAAAACUUUGUAAAAGUUAUUGUCUUGAAACUUAAAUAGAUGUGAAUUUUUCUUUUUAUAAAUCAUUAUUAAUUAAUGUAACGAGAGAGUGAAGUUAAGAACGAGUUUUGGGGGUUUAAUUUUGUAGCCAUUUAUCAGUUAUUUAAUAAUUAUUUGAUACAUUUUGAUUAUAAAUUGUCAAUAUUUAUCAAAUUAUGUGUGUGUAUUUGGGAAACGAUGGAGUAAAGAUUUACUUUUAGCGCAUUAAACAUAACCCAAUAGGCUUGGGUGAUUGAGAUAUUAAUUUUUUAAUGUUAAUCAACAUUGCAUUCUAAUGAUAUUUAAGUCAUUAGUAUUAAAGGUCAUCAAAAGCAACAUUCUGCAGAUAAUUUUGCGCACCGCACGACAGUCGUUGCACUACGUCAGCCAUGAUUUAAGUCUCCAGACAGUUUCAGUUACUAGUGGAAACAAUUGCACAGUCAUUGGAAAAAAAAAGGAUUUAUAAACGUUUUGAUUAUCUGGUUUUCAGGAAAUAUUUCAUUAAAUACCUUGUGAGAAAAUUGGCCUAAUAUUAAAGAAUGUUCAUAGAUUUUGUGAGACCUAACUUUGCUAGAUAUAAAAUCAUUUGUUCAACUAAAAAGACACAUGAUGUUAAAGCUUAGUCUAACUCACUCACUUGGAAGUUAGCUUUACUUAGAAUCACAAAAUAAUUGACACUUUGAAUUUCACUUGAGAUACUUAUUUCCUGUUACAAGGGUCAUCAUGUACCUAAACAGUUUGAUUGCACCCACUCCUAACCUUUGACCUCUAGGACUAGCUGCAUAAAUAACGAGCUCUAAAAUCUUGUUGCAUGCACCAAGUUAUUAGAUCUUGCAUGCAUUUUGCCAGUUUUUGUUGAAGUAAUUCAUACCACAUUUUGGGUCAAAGGUCAAACUACACUUAACAUUGAUGAGAUAAGGCUCUAAUUUCAAAAAGUCAUGUGAUUGUCACAUGACCACCCUCACAUGGGAUCUUAAUAAUCAAAUUGAUGUAGCAAUAUUUAUUAUCUCGUUGCCUUAUAUGGUAUGUACAUGUUGUAGGCUGGGGUUUUUUCUUGUUGUAAAAUUUAUUUAUUUGAUUUUGUAGAUCAUGUUCAAUGAAGUGUAGAUGAUCGACUGAUCAAUAGAAUCGUGAUGUAUCGUGAUCAACACAUCACGAUUACUGUUCUUGUUUUAUAUUCAUUACGUAUCGUCUUCCACUUAAAACGGUUUAUUUGAUUUCGAGAGGGACUACACCGGCCUUUUAAUCGCUUAUCACUCCUGCCCCGAUUAGACGACAAAAGACAAAAAUGCUAAGCAAUUCAUGAUACAGCUUUAUAGCAGUAACACAAAAAUUACUUGGCAUAAACAAGAAACAAGUCUGCUAAGCAGAAAUGGGUUACCAGUGAAUAUAAUGCAAUACACAUUGCUUGUGAGGGGUAUCAUACUCAUUUUUUGCUAAGCAGUAUUCUCUGCCGAACGUUUUUUGGGGGCCCCAGUGGAAAUAGCUGUAGUGUGUGAAUGAGGUAGGCAAAGAAGCCAGCUUACUUUCUUUAACCUUGUUUUCUGAACAAAGCGUAAGUAAAAGUUUUCUUGAAAUCAGUGGUUUUUAGAUUUUUUUUGCUGUUUUUCCUAUAAAUUAUGAUGUGGACUGUGGGUUGGCGUUAUGCAAACAAAUCUUCCUGUAAAUCAUAGAGUAAAAUUUCAAAUUGGGUUAUUCUAGUUUUGGGACAGAAACAGGUUACCAACAAAAGUUUAGCUGGUAACUUUGAAAGAGGGGGAAACCAUAACUUACUUAACGGAUCAUUUUCUGAUAUUAUCAAUCAAUUUGAUAUGGAUCGAAAAUCAGAACGUGACAACCAAAACCAAGAAUGGAUGCACAUAAAAGUUCCUACCUUUUUAAUAUUAUUGUGAAUUAUUGUUUCCAGAAACAAAUGAUUGUAUAUUGUCACAUAGUGUUAUGAAAUAACAGCUUAAUAAUCAUUUGGCUGAGUUUUUUUUUGUUUAUUAUAUAUUUUUGGGGUUUUGUAUUUAGAAGUUAAUGUACAUGUAUUUAAUCGUGAUUUUCACAAUGCCUGAAAGCUACGGUGUAAAGGUUAAUUUGGCCUAUUUUAUGGAGAAAUAGUUGUGGUUUAUUCUCCUAUGUCUAAUAGAGGGGAGAUUUUGUGAUGUUCAGAAAUUGAAGAGCAUCAAAAUAAGAGAUAAUCUGUUACUGCAAGUGAAGGUUUUUUGUUCCUGCACUUAUCUGAACUUCCUUUUUUUUUCGUCAUCAAAUUGCAAACCUCCUGCAAAACUACACUUCUCAUUGCUAUCUCUUUCAAAAAAGAAGCAACAAGGUAUCUACACUUAAAAAGUUUACUUUUUUUCCUCCGCCUACACUUGGCUGAACUGUUGCAUAUUGAGGAGCGAUUGUUAUUAUUUUUUCUCUUGUGUAAAUUGUACAUAAUUUAGCUCAUAGUCAACCCUGUGCUGAGUGGACCUAUAGUGUGUCUAUGUGGUAAAAAAAAAACAGCUGAUAGAAAAAAUGGCCGAUGCUGUGCUUCGCACAUUGUUAGCCUGUAGCCUGGUCAGAUCCACUUUGCACAAUUUAGUUAUUGUCACAAUGACGAACCCAGGCUAGUUCAAUACUACCUGGUGAUCAGAUGCGCAGAACUUGAAAUAUGAAAACAGUACCAGAUUCCCAGGCUAUAUAGCGUGGACCAAUUGAUGUACCUGUUUUGAAGAAAGUGGAUCUUACCAGGCUAUCUUUAAAAAAAAAUAUUACAAAAAAAUAUAGCUGUUACCAGAAGUGUUGUAUGUAUGUAAUACAGUACUUGUCUCUGUUGGAUAUAAAAAAACCAAGACAUUUUAUGUGUAGGACUGGACUUAAUGUGUAAGAACCUGGUUGAAUAUUAAAAAAAUCCUUUAUAAAAAGUACUAUGGAAGUAUAACUCUUGUGACCACAUUCUUGUGGUCGUGUUUAACCGUAAAAAAACGCAGAGAAAUGUUCGUAAUUUCAGUCUGAAGCUUUUUCCGUGGUUGCACUGCUAUUGUACUUUUUGUGAAGGUAUCGGCCAGGCAUUUGAAGCAACGACCGAAACAUAAGUAGGUUGUGAAUUAAAAUCUCUACUGUCAACAGUGAAAAAUGAA